AAACUUAUUUUUGUAAAUAAUUAAACGCGCACUUUAUUUUAUAUAACAAUUUUAUGAUAUUAUUAUACUCUAAUUAAAAAAGAGAUUAAAAAUUAAAUUUGUACAUUUUUUUUUUUUAAAUUAUUACUGAAAAAAAAACUUUUUCGUUUUUUUGAAAUUUCGUUAAAAUUAUAAAAUAAAAAUUAAAUAAAAUAAAAAAUGCCUCUAAUUCCAAACGGUAGUAAAGACGGUAGUAAGAAUGGUGGGGAAAGUGGUAGAAGUGGUGGGGAAAUUGACGGUGGUGGCGGUGGCGGAGGUAGUACCGAAAGAAAUAAUAAUAUAUUUAAAAAUAAUUAUGAUAAUAACAGUAGCGAAAUUCCAACAAUAAUAACGGGUGAUAAAAAUUUCAAAAACAGCAGUAAUAAUGGAAUACCGGGAUAUUAUACACCAACAGAUGAUAAAUAUAAAUUAUUUACAAUAUAUGGAAAUGACAUUGACAAUGACAAACUGUCAGGUUUACCACAAUCAACAACUGGUUCAUUAAGCUCAAUCAUUACGACGUCCAUAGCAUCAUCAGAGCCUGAUCCAGGAUCAGAUAAGGCUGGUUUGAGGGGGACUGGGGGUGGAAGUGGAGGUGAUGAUAGUAAUGAUGAAAAAAUAGCAUUAAAUAGACCUGGUAUUGCGCAUGAAGAAUGGUGGCAUACAACAUUACAAGUAGCUGUACCAUUCUUUUUAGCUGGUAUUGGUACAAUUGGUGCUGGUAUUAUAUUAGGAAGAGUAGAUAGUUGGGAGGUAUUUGAGCAUGUUUCUGAAUUAUUUAUAUUAGUGCCCUCAUUACUUGGUUUAAAAGGAAAUUUAGAUAUGUGUUUAGCAUCACGUUUAUCAACUCAAGCAAAUUUAGGUUUAAUGUCUUCAAAAAAAGAAGUAUUUCAUAUGAUUGUUGGUAAUAUAUCAUUAGUUCAAGUGCAGGCAAUAGUGGCAUCAUUUAUUGUAUCAAUAUUUGCUGUAUGUGUUGGUGCUGCAUUACAUAAUAAAUUUGAAUUUGAUCAUGUGGUAUUAAUGAUGGCUUCAGCAAUGUUUACAGCAACAUCGUCCUGUUUUGUUUUAGAUUUUGUAUUAGUGGCUGUGAUAAUAAUAUCGAAAAGAUAUCGCUUGAAUCCCGAUAAUUUGGCAACUCCAUUGGCUGCUUCAAUCGGUGAUGUCGUUUCAAUUAGUUUACUUUCUUUUAUAGCAUCUCGACUAUAUAUGCAUAUAAAUACACAUUUGUGGAUUUGUUAUGUUGUUAUUGGAGUGUAUUUUUGUUUAUUACCAAUAUGGACAAUAAUAGUAUUUCGUAAUAAGUACACACGACCAGUUUUAACAACAGGUUGGACGCCAGUAUUGUCGGCAUUAUUAAUUAGCGGUUUGGGUGGUCUUGUUUUGGAUGCUGUUGUUCGUGUAUACAAAGGUUAUGUUGUAUUUCAGCCAAUUAUUAAUGGUAUUGGCGGUAAUUUAGUAUCAGUACAGGCUAGUAGAAUAUCAACGAUGUUACAUCAAAGUUCAAUUAUUGGUAUUAUACCACCAUAUACUAAAAUAUUUGAAUAUCCGUGGAGAGCUUUAUUCAAAGGAGUACCUUAUGCAAAAACUGCUAGAAUUUUAAUACUUAUGUCAAUUCCGGGUCAAGUUGUAUUCAUAUUUGCUGCUGAUUGGAUUCAUCAAGGCGAAUCAACAGUUCAAUAUCCAUUUAUAUUAUCAUAUCUAUCAAUGAGUUUAAUACAAAUUAUGCUACUAUUGUAUAUCGCUCAUAUUAUUACACAUUCAAUGUGGAAAUGGAAAAUUGAUCCAGACAAUUCAUCGAUACCAUAUUUAACAGCAUUAGGUGAUCUAUUUGGAUCCAGUUUAUUAGCAGUUGCAUUUUGGUUCUUGCAUGAAAUUGGCGAAGAUUACGAUGAUAAAGAAGAUAGCCUAACCAACAAUAUAUUAACAAAUUAAGAUGUUUAUAAUAAAAUUAUGUAAUAAAAUAAUGUAUAUUAAAAGAAGAAAAAUAGAAAACAGCAAUUAUGUAAUUCACACACACACAAACACAUACACAUUUCAGGACUGCUUAAUUUUAUUUUUAUCUAUAUAUAUAAAUAUAUAUGUAUUUACUAAUUAAUUAUUAUUGUAAUUUAAGAAUAUACAUGUAACUUCAAACAAAAAAAAAUUAAACAAUAAUGAAUUUAAUAUUUAUUAAUAAAAUUAUUUAAAUGUAUAAAAUGUAUAUUAAAAAUACCUAUAUAUAUUAUAUAAAAUGUGUAUGUAUUUAAAUAAUACAUACUUAAUUUCAAAUAAAUGUAUAUUUUAUAAUGCUUACAUGCACAUUAAUUUACAAAGGAUUAAGAGAAAAAAAUUUCACUUCGAGAAAUAAAAAAGUUUUAUUAAUAUUUAAAUAAAAUAUAUACCCUAUAUAUACAUAAUGUAAAUAUAAUAAAAUUUUUUUUCAUUGUGGCGAAAAGCAUGUCUUAAUGUUAAAAAAUCUGCAAUAGAUUUAUUUGAUUGUAUCUAGCUACUCAAAAAUUAAUUAAAAUUCAAAGAUAACAAGGUUUCAAUGUUAAUUUAAAAUAAAAAAUAAUUAAAACAUUAAAUUCAGUUUUGCUUUUAAAUUUAUUUUUUAAGUUUAAUACCAAAAUGUAUAAUAAACAAAACUUGUUAACUCACAAGAAUGACUCAAAGGGAUACAAUCCUGUUGCAUUACUUAUAAUUGUGGUCUAAAAAAUAAAUAAUUUUUAAAUUGUAAAUUAUGUACAGGUCAAUAAAAAUUGUUAGAAAUUAAGACAUCAAUGAUUUAUUGGAGUACAGUAAUAAAAAUCGCAAUUAAAAAAGAUUUUUUUUUUAUUUUUGACAAAAUCUCCUGUUUUAAAACGGAUUAAACUAACAAAAUGUAAUUAAAUAUUCAUUUACCUCAUUAUUUAAUUUCUAUAUUAAAAUUUACAUUUACAGUAUGUAUAAAUGGGAAUAUAUUAUAUAAGAAAGACACUAUAUUUUCAACUGUAAUAAAAUGUUAACCAUCACCUCUCAAUAUAUCUUAAAGUAUAUAUACAAAAAUAACGUAUAUAUUAUGAUAAUAAAUUAAAAAGAAUAAAUGUAAAGAAAAUAAUUAAAAUAAAUUACAAAAAUAAUAAUAGAAAUGUAGAGAAAACAAGUAGAGAUUAAAAUGCAUCAAAACGAUAGCAAAUAAAAAUAAAAAUUAUAUAUUUUGUGUAUAAAAAAAAUUUAAAAAAAAAUACUUAUUCAAAACAAAAAAAAACAAUAUAUAUAUACAAAAAAAAAAUAAAAAAUUAAAAUUGAAAAUUAUAAAAAUUAUAUUGAAUUCUAUCGAAACAAAAAAAGAGAAAACUAAAAAAACUCAAAUGUUUAUGUUGUUGUAAUUAAAAUAUAAAAGAAAUUUAUCAAUUAAAUUUCUAAUUAAUCAUUUUAAAAUUUUACUAAUUUAUUUAACAUUUUCCAUCUUAUAUCUACAUACAUACAUAUAUGUAUAUAGAAUUUUCUUUAUGUAUUCUUGUAAUAUUGAAUAUUGUAAUUAUUUAUAGCUAGCACACAAUAUUUUUUAUUUUUAUUUUUUAAAAUUUAAUUAAUUAAUUUUCUUGUAUUAUACUAUGAAAAAAUCGAUAUGAAAAUAAAAACUUGAAUUUUGAAAUUAUUUAGAAUAAUUAAAUAAAAUUUACUAAUACAAUAAUGUAAAUUAAUUUUAUUAAAAUUUAAUUAAUGCUUAUUUUUUAUAAAAUAAAAGUACAUAAUCAUUAUUUAUACAUUUAUAUUUAUUACAAUCAAUACUUAAUAAGUAUACUGUGUAAUAUGUUAUUAUUGAAGUAUUAUUUUCGAAAACAACUACAUUAAUUGAAUACAUUUGAAUUGAAAUUCAAUAUUUCUUCACCUUUAUAAAUUUAAUAGAAAAAUAUUGUUUAACAUUUCAGAAUAUUGAAUUCUUAUUUUAUUAUUUCAUUUAUUCUCACAUGUACAUAAUAUAAUUAAGUACAUAAGAUUAUAUCAAUUUAAUUUCGUUCAAUUAGAAUUUUUCCAAAAUUAAUAUAAUCGCUUAUUUAAAAUUUUUCAAAAUUUAAAUUCAAAAUAUGUGUUCCCAUAUUGUGGUUAAAUACCUCAUUUGUGGAAUAAUUCAGUAUUUUCACAAAUUUUUUUUUUUAUUUUCAGAAUAAAAUCAAUUUCUAAAUUUGAAAUUUUAAACUGAAAAUCUCAAUAAUUUUGAAUAAGAUUCGAUCACUUCGGGUGAUGAAUCUGAGAGAAUAUGGAUGUUUAAAAUCCGUAUAUAGAAAAGAAUCUCUCUGGUAUAAAUAUAAGUAUUCAAUAUGAAAUUAACACAAUUCUAUACCAUUUUUGUUUUAAUUGACGUUGUUUUUUUUUUAAUUAUGUGUAAAUAUUUAAUUAUUCUAUUCAAUUUUGGAAUUGGAAUUAUUAAACUCAGUAAAUUCAA